AUAACACUGUAAUUAAUAACCCUGGAAACCCUGUUUUCUCCUGUCCUACGGAAGCUUAUAAUCUUCCAGUUACAGAACGCCAGGAUGAAGGUAGGCCAUAGACUUGGUUGAGGAGUGGGCCGGGCUCAUUGUUGAUAUGAAAACAAAAAGGUUUUUUCAAUUUGAUAACACUGAGGUUUUUUUUUUUAGUUAAAAGAAAUAUUUUGAGGACAAAAAUACAAGUAAAUUUGUAUUUAAUUGAAUUAUUUGCAUAAUGAACACUGGAAAUGAAAAAAUGAUAAAUUUCAUAAAUUCAUAAUUCUGUACCUAAGACGCCCUGCCAGGAGGGUCCCGUGUCACCCGUCUGAAUUUUAAAACGCCUCGUGUCAGUGCUUGUAAAUGCUUGUCCUCGCUUAUAAAUGCAGGGCCUCUACCUAGCCACCUGCCAAAAAUUAUGGAGAGCACUCUCCAUUAAAUGAGUGACUGUAAGUAUUGUAUAGUCAGUUGGUGAAGAUUUUGUACACUAUACUCACUUUUAAAGAAGCAAGUGGGUGAGUCCUAAAUGAAAUCCCACCAUAAUGAGUUAAACUGUAAGUUAAAAAGGUAUCCAAGGUGAUGUAGAAUGCAUAAGUACUUAAUGAUUGUAUUUACACUGUAACUCUCUUUCUAGUAAAGAUUGUAGCCUCAUUCCAGAUGUUAAUUCUUAGGUCACUUUCUUUCUUUCUUGCUUGGAAGAAUCUGCAGAUCUGUUGUUGUAAGGUUUUGCUGUUAUCUUUUCUGUCGAAACUGUUCUCAUAGGCUACAUUUAGAACUACACUUCAUUCCACUGGAUACACUGUAUUUGUUAUACAUGUAUAUUAUACUGCUUAACUGUACUGAUUUAAGACUGUUCUCUAAUCAGAUUGGUUUCAGGGUUACAGCACAAAGAAACAAAACCCUAUGUACAUGACAAGUGCGAUGGAUUAUGGGUAAGCAGCAUAAAUUUUGGCCAUUAUGCUAAUUACCAACAAAUACCCACUCUUGUUAAACCAGUGUGUAAAAAGAGCAAUAAAGUAUCUGUAAAGAAGUCAUCAAAUACAACCAGUUUUAGUUUAAAGUAAUGCGUCAAAUCCUGGAAAGCUGAUUGAAAGUUACCUUCCUGUCAGGGCCCAUCAAAAUGAUUCAGAUUAGGAUCAGAAAUGCCCCUAGAGGUACCAGAAUUUUGUCUUGAGAGUGUGGCUCCAAUUCAUUAUUUUUCUCAACAAAAUAACUAGCAUUUACAUUUUCUUUAAAGGUAUCUUCAGCACAAUGAAAGCAUAAAAGAACUUAACUGGUGUUUAUAACUAAAGAUUUCUUUCAUCUUGCAGGAGCCAUCGUCCUACCGUGCACACUAUGCCGACAAGUUUUCAUGCAAAAGUCCAGAAAUUUAGUGAACAUUUAGGGACAUGUGGAAUGUACAGAAAUCAAGGCCUCAAUACAGCAUUGGACAAAAGCAUUGUGUAAAUCUAGAUACAUGUAGGGACUUUUGAAAAAUGUAAAUAAGCUUCUAUUUGAAAUGAGAAUGUAAUCCUCUCGUAUAUUUGUAUAUAUUAUUUAAUUUGCUUUGAGCUAUUACUACCAGACAGGUAGUUCCACAAGCUGACAACUGCAUGUUUUUCAAACUACUUUUAUGUUGUUUUUUUUUCUGUAUACUUUAACAAAUUAGAUAAAGUUAUUUUACUUGUCUUGUUUGUAUAUUUUGUGUCCUUAUGAAAUAAUUAUCGUCCCUGGCAGUACCAUUCUUAUAUCUUGUUUUCCUGACCAAAAGGUUGCUGGUGUUUUUAAACCCGUUCGCCCCUGAUGAACCAUCCGUAAC